CCCCAUGUCAUUUGAUUAGUGAAGUAGUUUGCACUGCAGUCACCGCAAGGAGUGUAGCAACGUGAACUGUCAGACACAGAUGGUGGACUUGACAUGGAGAGGUAUCGUGACUGGUAGUGACACCAGCAACCCCCAGCAGCUUGGUCAGCCAUGAGAGCUGCUAUCUGAGGACUUACGCCACCACCACCACUAUGAAGGUCCCUGCCAACCUCAAUAUUUCCUAUGGGGACAUGGAUCCCCCUGACACCCCUCCCACCAUGUCCAUUGACAAGCUCUUCCCAGCACUCCUGGAGUGCUUUGGGAUCAUCUUGUGUGGCUACAUUGCUGGUCGAGCAAACAUCAUCACAUCCACACAGGCCAAAGGAUUGGGGAACUUUGUGUCCAAGUUUGCCCUCCCAGCAUUGCUCUUUAAGAACAUGGUACUCUUGGACUUUGGCAAUGUCAUCUGGCCAUUUCUGUGGAGUAUUCUCAUCGCCAAAGUGUCUGUGUUUUUCAUUGUGUGUGUGAUUACACUACUGGUUGCCAGUCCCGACACUCGCUUCAGCAAAGCUGGUCUCUUCUCAAUCUUUGCUACUCAAAGCAAUGACUUUGCUUUGGGAUAUCCUAUUGUUGAGGCCUUGUAUAAGAACACCCACCCGGAGUACCUACAGUACAUCUACCUGGUGGCCCCAGUGUCUCUUAUGCUUCUCAACCCAAUUGGCUUUGCCUUCUGUGAGAUCCAGAAGUGGAGGGACCAGAGAGACCGGCAGCAGAACAAACUCCAAAUAGUGGGUGUGGUCGUCCUUCAAGUUCUGAAGAACCCCAUCGUCUUCAUGGUUGUUAUUGGCAUCAUCUUCCACUUCAUCCUGGCCCAGAAGAUCCCUGCUUUCAUGGAGCAGUUUGUGGACGGCCUGGCCAACUCUUUUGGAGGAGCGGCUCUGUUCUACUUGGGCCUCUCCAUGGUGGGCCAGUUGGGAAAGCUCACCAGGUCUACUGUUGUAGCCCUGAUCCUGCUCAUCACUGCAAAACUGUUGGUGAUGCCGUUGAUCUGUCGAGAAAUGGUGGAGCUACUGUAUGCCGACCACACCAACUCUGGUCUCAACCAAUCCAGUCUCUCCAACUAUGCCUUCCUCUAUGGAGUCUUCCCUACCGCCCCCAGUGUGGCCAUCUAUGCUGCUCACUAUAACAUGGAGCUACAAGUUGUUACCUCGGGGAUGGUACUAAGCACAUUCCUCUCAGCUCCCAUAAUGUAUGUUUCUGCUUGGUUGCUGACAAUACCAUGGAUGGACCCUAAGCCAUUGAUGGAUUCACUGCAGAAUGUCAGCUUUAAUGUCAGCAUCAUCAGCUUAGUUACACUGGUUUGGACAGUGACCGUCAUGUUCCUGAGUAAGAAAUUCAAGAGACUACCUCACAUGUUCACCCUCAACCUGUUCCUGGCACAGAUUCUGGCUUGUGUCGGCAUGAUCCUGUGGAACUUUGUCGUGCGCCAAGACAGCUUCAUUGGACACGUGUUGACGUUCACACUGUUGUAUGGCUCACUGUACAGUACUUACGUGUGGCCAGGUCUGAUAGCGUUUUCCCUUGUGCUGAUGAAGACGGGUGGUGAGCUGAAGGUUGCGCCAGGCUUCCUGGUGAUUGCAGGCUGGGGAGUCCCAGGCCUUGUGGCAGCAGUGCUCCUCAUAACUGGGAAGAGGAUGCCUGACACCAUCGACUCUGCGUUCUUCUACGGGACACCCCAGAACAUCUGCACCUCAGUUGUGCUUGCCUUCAGCAUAGUGCUGAGUGGGGGCUCAUUGAUGGGCCUCAGUCGAGGAACAUGGGAUUCGAAGUACCAGGUCCUGGAGAGAGACUCUCUGUUGGGCACUACUGAGGAUCUGAGGCCCCAGAGUUGUCCCGAUACCCAAACUAUCCCAGAUAUGUUGGAGCCAGGCAGAGCCAGAAGCAUCAACCAAGAGUGCCAUAUGUGUGACUGUGCUCCGUCCCAGCCCAUGCCUGAUAUGAUUGUCAGCACAAACAAAAAUGACGCUCUUCUCAUCGAGCCAGGUCAGUGUGGGACUGGCUGUGAGUCCACAGGCUGUCUACUGGCCCAGGAGGAGCAGCAGAGGCAGCUAGCAGACAGACAGGUGGCCCGCCACGUGCUCCUAUGCCUGCUACUGACCGUCAGCCUAUUAGCUAACCUGUCCAGCUGCCUGUGGUGGCUGUUUAAUCGCGUUCCUGGGAGACUCUACUUAGAGCUGCAAUUCUUCUGUGCUGUGGUCAACUAUGGACAGGGCUUCAUCUCAUUCGGGAUUUUUGGUCUGGACAAACAUCUGAUAAUACUGCCAUUUAAAAAGAGGAUGUCCAGUCUGUGGCAUAGUAUGAAGCCAGAGGAGCAGCCUCAACUGGUUGUGUCUGACGACAUCAUGAUGACCUGCACUCAAUUCACCAAAUACCACAAAGAGCAGUGUGUCCGGGACAUUGUCCAGAAGAAGAGGUGUGGGGAGAGGAUGGUGGCGGACACUUUUCUUGGCAGUGAGCUGGUGGAGUGGCUGUUGCAGGUGGGUCUGUCACAGGACCGAGGAGAGGCGCUGCUCUACGGUGGCCGACUGCAGCAGGGUGGGGUUCUCCAGCACAUCACCCAGGAGUACGGCUUCCAAGAUGACGAGCUGCACUACCGCUUCACAGCGUAAGGAGGGCCCUGGGCAGGCCCCGUCUCAAGGGCUCUCCUGAGGCACAGGAUGACAGAGGUCGGCUAACUACCUACCAAACCUGAAACCAGGUCUCUACCUACCUAGCAGUAAUAACCAAUAGAGGUGAAUUGAAGAGUGCUGCUUUUUGAAAUACUCAUACUGUUUUGCACAUGGGAAAUAUGCAGUCAUAACAAGCAUUGAGCACUUGUUUGUUUUUUUCUUUUGAACUGUCCGUUGUAAUAUGUUUGUGUGGUACCGUAUGCAUAACGAGAUUUAAGUUUGCCAAGGAGGCAGAUCUAAUAAUGAAUAAUCUUGCAAAAUGUUUGUCAAAUAUCUUGCAUUAUCAUCUCAAGUUGUACAGACUAGCUUGUAUACCCUUGAUGACACUCGUAUACCAUGAGGCUGAUUGAACAUGUUAUUUAGUUCAAAUGACAAGAAUGGUAUUUGUCAAUGUGACUUCAGGUAUUAAAAAUAGAAUAAUGUAAUGUUGCUGUGUAUUCUAAAUUUCCUUAAUUUGGCCAUUGUUUAGAACUUGAAAAUAGGAUACGGCAGCUAGAUAUAUUUUGAAUCAUGUAGAUAGAACGGUGUCAAAUGUUUAUGGAUGCAGACUUGUCUGCUGAGGCGUGGUUUUGGUUUUGACUUAUUUUAAUGAUUCUUGGCCAGGAAAUAUACAUUUCUGAUCAGCUAUCUUUUGGGAUUUCUAAAUACACAAUUACAUUUCAAUUUGUUGGGAGAAAAGGAGGACAAUACCAAAUGUGCCAGAUUAAAUGUAAUCUGUAUUAUGUGUUACUUUUUGUCCUUUUAAUGGGGUUGUGCUUAUUACGGUUGCUAAUAAGGUAAUUGAGCCAUGUAUUCACCUUGUUUGGCAUUAUGAAUGUUUGAAUGAUGGUUUGUCAAUGUAUUAUUUUUUCCCAUGUCACUUGACUGAGAAUAUACGGUGUCAUGUACUUUGAAGCCAACUAAUGCUGCAUGUUCCUCUGAUUCCCAGCCUGUUCUGAAAGAAAACAACUAUUGCACCUCUGGUUUACGCAAUUCCUUUUAUACUGGUUUAAAACAGAACUGGUGGAUACAUGUUGUGGUAACGUGUGGCUCUAUCUUUAGGCCUUUUCAGGGGGUUUCCAGAUGCCUGACGGCAGUGCUGUAAUAACGUGAAUUUGUCCUGUUCUUUUACUUCAAAUAAGCCUAUGUUAAUCACUCAGUAAACAGCUCAAAGGUCAAACUAAAGGCAGCUCUCUCCUCAACUGCUCUAGUAUUACUGUUUGGUUAAAUAUAAAACAAGGAUUUUAAAGAAAAUGACAGGCUGUAACCAUGACCCAGAUGUAUUAAUACGUUUUACUGAUGAGCAGCAAUUUGUGAAACUACCAUUUACUGUUACAAUGUAGUGAAAUUAUUGCAUGCUGGGGUUUGAUCUUGAAACAACCCCUUAUCAUUCCAAUAUGAAAGAUCCCACUAAAUGUUACUGUACACGCUCAGUUCUUCCUGGCUUGAGUUAGAAAACAGGUGCACAACUGAAGUCGGGUCUUCAAUACCACUUGAUAAAAGUUUCUCCAUCUCAGCCAUCUUCUCCUUUUCUAACACUCUCAUAUUCUGCAUGAUCUUCUUUCCUUUGUCCUAAAAAAAAAUAAAAUGCUCAAUUUAAGCCAAAUAUUUGCUUAAUCUUUAAAGGGUUAAGAUGUAUAGAUUAGGAAAAAAGUUCUGUACCUUGGUGCUGUCAAUGAUUCGAGCCACCACCUCGUGUUUGAUAAACAGUGGAUGUUUGCGAUCUGGCUUGCUCUGGAAACGGGGUAUCUUCUUCACAGGGUCAUCAGGGCCAUAACAGGGAGAGCUAGUUUGCUUCAACUGUUUAAUGUCUUUCACAAAGAUGAAAGGUUUGAAAACAGACCUGUUGUGUAAGAAAGGACCCUUAAUAUACAGUGAUUUGCAUAAACUUUAGAUGGAACAAUAACAUGGCUAGGUAGGGUGUUUGAGCGGUGGCCAGCUACAUACUGUACCUCUCAGGGUCAGGUGUUCCAGUGAAGUAGUGCACCCCUGGCAGGGUGGAGUCUGUUGGUACGACAGACACCAUGCUUCCUGUUGUCAUGAACAUCCCCUCCAUGUUGAUGCCACUCUCCUUGUCCCUCAGGAUUUCCAUCAUUGUCUCAGCUGUGAUGUGUCCUAAAUACUCAAAAGUAAUUCAUUGUAAAUGGUUUGUCAUCCUAUAUGAGGGCUCUCCGACCCUGUUCCUGGAGAGCUACCGUCCUGUGGGUUUUCGCUACAAACCUAAUUUGGCGCACCUGAAUUGAAUAAUUAGCUGGUUGAUAAGUUGAAUCAGGUUAGUUACAACUGGUGUUGGAGCGAAAACCUACAGGUCGGUAGCUCUCCAGAAAAAAAGGGUUGGAGAGCCCUGUCCUAUAUGGAUUCACUAUUCAGUUUUGAUUCAAAUCUGAUCAAACCCAUUUUUUUUCUACACUUGACACAAGACAACUAAUCCAUAAAGCAAAGGCCUACAUCUACAUAUUUAACUCACCUUUACUUCGCUCUAGUAGGUUCCGUCCUUCGCAGUAUCUGCUGCCAGACGCCUCUAUUCUGGCUGUAGUCAUGAAAGAGUACGUCUCAGCAAAACUGAACGGGGCCUUCCCGUCCCACCAGCCAUGGCUCUUGGCAUACUCCCUCAUCCCAGGGUGUUCCUUGUCUAUCUUGGUUGUUAUGGAGUACUGAUUGGAGAUAUUACGAUAUCCAUCUAGAGGAGGAUCAAAAACAACAUUAAAAACUGUUAAUACUGUUAUGCAAGUUCACAAGUUGGGCAAACUUAAACCCUGAUAGCUUAAAUGUACCUCCCACUUUCUCUGCUGCCCAGUACUUCCCAGACGUCUCCAUCACCCAGGCUUCCGUCCUGUCGGAGAUGAGGAAGCUGUUGUGGUAGGUAAAGCCAGACUGGUCCUCCAUGCAGUUUCCUCCCUGGCCAUAUUUCUCCAGCAGCUCAGCAAUAACAUCCACAGCCUUCUGAGCAGUCUCUGCUCUCUCCAGACCAAGUCUG